UGCAAACCCAAGAAAUGUCGCCAGGAAUGUAAGAAGUCUUGCCCCGUCGUCCGUACGGGUAAGCUGUGUAUCGAGGUCACUCCCGAGUCCAAGAUUGCCUUCAUCUCCGAGCGCCUCUGUAUCGGUUGCGGUAUCUGUCCCAAGAAAUGCCCCUUCGGUGCCAUUCACAUCAUCAACCUGCCGACCAACCUGGAGACCCAAGUUACCCACCGUUACUCCGCCAACAGUUUCAAGCUUCACCGUCUUCCCAUGCCCCGUCCCGGACAGGUGCUUGGUCUCGUCGGUACCAACGGUAUUGGAAAGAGUACGGCGUUGAAGAUUCUCAGUGGAAAGCUGAAGCCCAACCUUGGACGUUUUGACAACCCUCCCGACUGGGAAGAAAUCCUCAAGUACUUCCGUGGUUCCGAACUGCAGAACUACUUCACCAAGGUUCUGGAGGAUGAUCUCAAGGCUGUUGUGAAGCCUCAAUAUGUCGAUCAGAUUCCCAGGGCUGUCAAGGGCCCCGUUCAGAACGUUGGAGCCCUCAUCAAGGCCCGCGCCCAGUUGGACAACCUGGAUCACAUUCUCGACACUCUUGAGUUGAGACAGGUCCAAGACCGUGAUAUCGGUCACCUUUCUGGUGGAGAGCUCCAGCGUUUCGCCAUUGGUCUGGUUUGCGUCCAGAAGGCUGACGUUUACAUGUUCGACGAGCCUUCCUCCUAUCUCGAUGUUAAGCAGCGUCUCGCCGCCGCUCGCUCCAUCAGAGAGCUCCUCCGCCCUGACGAUUAUGUCAUCGUUGUCGAGCACGAUUUGUCUGUUCUUGAUUACCUGUCUGACUUCGUCUGUGUGCUCUAUGGAAGACCCGCCCUUUACGGUGUGGUUACUCUGCCUGCUUCCGUCCGUGAAGGUAUCAACAUCUUCUUGGAUGGUCACAUCCCUACCGAGAACUUGCGAUUCCGUGAGGAGUCUCUUACUUUCCGUCUUGCUGAGGCUGGCGAUGACUUCAUGGUGGACAGAGCCCGUGCUUUCGCCUACCCCAGCAUGGAGAAGACUCUCGGUAACUUCCACCUCAAGAUCGAUGCUGGAAGUUUCACCGACUCUGAGAUUAUUGUCAUGAUGGGUGAGAACGGAACCGGAAAGACCACCUUCUGUAAGAUGCUUGCUGGUGCUGAGAAGCCUGACGGUGGCAAGAGCGUUCCUCGCCUGAACAUCUCCAUGAAGCCUCAGAAGAUCACCCCCAAGUUCCAGGGUACCGUCCGUCAGCUGUUCUUCAAGCGUAUCAAGGCCGCGUUCCUGUCGCCCCAGUUCCAGACUGAUGUCUACAAGCCCCUCAAGAUUGAUGACUUCAUUGACCAGGAAGUCCAGAAUCUGUCUGGUGGUGAAUUGCAGCGUGUUGCUAUUGUCCUGGCUCUGGGAAUCCCCGCCGAUAUCUACCUCAUUGACGAGCCUAGUGCUUACCUGGACUCCGAGCAGCGUAUCGUGGCCUCCAGGGUCAUCAAGCGUUUCAUCAUGCACACCAAGAAGACUGCUUUCAUCGUCGAGCACGAUUUCAUCAUGGCCACUUAUCUCGCCGAUCGUGUUAUCGUCUUCGAUGGUCAGCCCUCCGUCGAUGCUCACGCCAACGCCCCUGAGUCCCUGGUCACUGGUUGCAACACUUUCUUGAAGAACCUGGAUGUCACCUUCCGUCGUGACCCCAACAGUUACCGCCCUCGUAUUAACAAGUACCAGUCCCAGAUGGACCAGGAGCAGAAGUUGGCCGGCAACUACUAUCGUCUCUGUUCUAUUGGAAGUAUAAUACUGACAUGUAUGUUCCACAGUUCUUCUUGGAAGAAGAGAAAUGAGGAGGUUGUUCCGGGCAAGUAUGACCGCGUGCCUCACCAACGUGACGGCCGCGACUCGGACCAGCGGCGUCGCUAUCGUCGCUGGGGCUACCUUCGGGUAGUGGCGUUUUUCGGCGUUACAAAGGCCUCUGCAGCUCAGAGACGGCGGCGCCGUUGCCGUGGCGUGCGCCUUCCUGAUGAUGUGGAUGGUGCUUUGGAGGAGGAUGACGAAGAGGGAGCGGACGACUUGUUCGGCUAGGUAGGAGCAGUGGUUUUACCUGUUCCAGUUAAUCCUCUCUGGCCCCCCUUGUCGUCGCUCAUGGUCGUCCCUCCCCAGCGCCAUCCACGCCUGCAUAGUUCAAUAUAGUCCUCUUCACGAUGGUUCGGAGUGAAGACACACGAGACUAGUCUUGAGAUCAUGUUUAGGGAUACGGAUUUCCUGGAUGGCGCAGUCAUGUCGGAGUUACAAUGUUUGUCAACACGGAUGGUCCACCGACAAAAAGGGUGUCGGUGA